GAACACUGGAGUGGAACGUGGCGGCCAGGACGGCAAGGUGGGGGGUAUACUUCAUUUCUCUCUAGUCCCCAGGUCUCCAUGUCCACUCGGUCCAGCGGCCCUGCCUGGCGGGAGUGGGGCUGGCCCCCGGCCUAAGAGGACGUAAGGGUCACUGACCAGACAGUGGAGAUCGGGACCCGUUGGACCGACCCCACAGCAAGCCCCUCGGUGUUGCUCAUGCCGGCUGAGAGGUGGGGUCCCGCGCAUGCGCCGUCUGCUGGGCCGUGUGCGCGCCUGCGCAGGAUCCACCUGCCUCCGACCGACCGUUGGUGGGAGGACCCCGCCCACCCGACCCCGCCCACCCAGAGUGCACCUGCGCCACGUCCACCCAAAAGGUGGGAGCCGAUCGGCCACCCAGAACCACGCUAAUGGAGUUCCUCCUCCAACCCCUCAUGGGACAGUCCGCAAACUGAGGGCAGGAGACGGAGGGACUGGCCUGGGACGCACCAGGUGGAGGUCCACCGGUAACCCUAGACGACAAAGCAGAGAUGGGCACAGGACGUUGCGUGGGACGCCCUGCCGGCCUCCUCUAGAUGGGGAUCCCUCUGCUCUCAUUGUCCAAAGGAUGACGGGCCCUAGGACGAAGAAGAGCCCCUGUCUCCAAGGGCCAUCUCCUCCAUUCUGGGCACCUGGCUGGACCAGUACUCAGAGGACUUCUGUCAGCCCGGACGUUCCCUGCCUCAAGCAGCUGGUGGCCCAUGUGCAGCUCAACAUGCCCGGUUCUGACCUGGAGCGCCAUGCCCACCUUCUGAUGGCCCAGUUGGAGCACGCAGAGCCGACGCAGGCUGACCCUGAGGAUGAGAAGACCGGAGCUGCUCCACCAUCUGAGGAGCUAGAGCGACUCCAUCUGCAUCUCUAGCAUGUGUCAGGAGCCAGGUGCAGGGACAGAAGCCAGGCCAGCUUCCACGGGGCUCUGCAAACACAGGAACUGUCACUCAGCUCGGAGGCCUCACAGCCCUGCCCGACGUCCUCACUGUCCCCCUGCCCAACCCCCUGCUGCUCCCAGAUCAGACACACACCUGUGCGUGCACAGCCCAGAGUCUCCCAGAGAUGCCCCAGGUAGGAAGGAACCCUCCCCGGGACGUCUCCCCGACUGCAGUCCACCCUCUGGGCGCUCUGAGCCCAGUCUUUGCUCCAGGCCCCACACCAGCCUCUGGGGCUCCUCCCUGUGGGGCCAGCCCCGACCCUUCCCCCCACACACUCAGGCACCCAGCCCCGGUCUUCUCACCUGAGGC